AUGGCCGGGCUUCGCCACGCCAUCUUCAUCCUCGGAGGGACCCUGGUUGCCUUGACAGCCAUCACCAUCACUCCUGCCGGUGGAGCUGACACCGAUUGGCCGACGCUAAAAAAACUCCGCCAGAACUUGACGGAUUCCGAAAAGUAUGACAAGAACUACCAGCCACUCAACAGUCACUCCUCGGACACGAUCGUCAACUUCACAAUCUACGCGAAACAGCUGAGAUACAUGGAACCAUCCUGGAGCUUCGUAUCCAUCUCAGCCUUCGUCUGCAUGCACUGGAUCGACGAGGGCCUCUCCUGGACCCCGUCCGACUACGACGGCAUGAAGGAGGUGACCUUCGGCGACAGCGACGUCUGGACGCCCACGCUGUCGGUGCACGAGAGCUUCAGCGUGUACGGGGUGCGCAUGUUCUCGUCCAUCAAGGCGGACUAUCAUGGCAACGUGGUCUGGUGCCCCAUUGUUACCUUCGCGCUCCGCUGCACCAUGGAGCUCAGGGACUUCCCCUUCGACGAGCACCGCUGCGCCCUGAACGUGUCGUCCUGGUCGCAUGGCUACAGGAUCAAGCUCAUCGGUAAACUUGCCAAAAAGACGUUCGACGAAACUCAUCCGAACUGGGACGGCUACUUCGAGUCCUUGGACGUCACGGAGUUUCAGCAUCCCGAGCAAGGAGCAGACCCCGUGCUGAGGUUCACUAUGUUCCUCAAGCGCCGGUCGUCCAACUACCACUACACCGUGAUGCUUCCCUGCGUGGCCAUUUCUAUCCUGACCCUCUUCAUCUUCUGGCUGCCCCCCAACUCGGGCAAGAAGAUCACGCUGGGCUGUACGGGAAUCGUCAGCAUUCUCCUGGUCAUGAUCAAUCUCAGAAGGGAUCUGUUUAGGUCGCUGCACGUUCCCAAGAUCGUCCAGUUCAUGGGGUCGACGUGCAUCGCCAUCGCCGUGGCCGUGCUGAUAGCCGUCCUGGUGCUCAACAUGGUCAGGACUCCCAUGGUCUUCAGGCCACCGGGGUUCCUGGUCAACGUUCUGUCCGGUGUCGUGGGUCGCGUACUGUUCCUCUGCCCCCUGCCCGCCCCUAGGCCUGUGGACCACGAGCAACUCACCGACGCCAACUCGCCCUUGGACAAGCAGGACAUCAUCACCAAGCAGGAAUGGUUUCUGGUCGCCCAGGGCAUUGACCGCCUGGUGUUCCUGUUCUACGCCUUGUUCCUCCUGGCGUACCAUGCGUAG